UAUUUAUUUAUGGUCUUAGUUAAUAAUACUUUAAAUAUCACAUCUAGCAUCAUGCUGCCACCACCUUGCAAUGUUUUAUUAAUGUCAGAGGUUACAAACCUUUGCUGGAGUGGUGAAAAACAGCAUAUUUCUUUGUAUUUAGUGUAUUUUCUAAAAUGCAAAACAGCAAAUUGCACCAUCUGCUUUUUGGACAGCUGAGAUGAUUAUAUCAGCAGUGCCCAGUGCUACAAAACUAGUAACUCAAAACUAUUGUAAGACACUGUCUUUUCCUGUGUUCUGAAUGCUAGAUUUUAACCUAUACAGGGGCCAAUAUCCUUGGUUCAAGUUUAAUUGUAUUCUUUUGAGAGAGUUACAGGUUGAUCCUUCUGUUUCAGCAAAUUUUGAGGUGAAGAAAGUAAACAAUUCAUAACCAUAAUUGAAUGCUUGAAGAAAUGGAUCAAAAUAGAAAUGCUGCACCACAGAGUAAAAGUAGCACUUUUAAAAACUGUUACAUAUAUAUAUUGCCAGUUGGGCUUGGAAAGAAGAUAAUGACACUGUUUCAAACACAAAUUGCAAAUCAAGGUGGAAUAUGUGUUUCAAACUUGGCUGCAAGCAGUAGUCUUACACAUAUUGUACUAGAAGAUUCCAUAGUAAAGGAUUCAGAACGAAGUCUUAAAUUGUUGCAUGGCAUGCCUGUAGAUAUUAAUAGAAAAGUCAGAGUGGUGGGGACACAGUGGCUUAGCAAGUGCUCGAGAGAACAUAUGUAUGUGGACACAAAGGAAUUUGAAGUAUCUUCUAUGAUAAAUGUAAAAGACAAAGUUAACACACAGUAUAACAAACAACCAUUUCAUGAAGAGUAUGGUACGAAUGACAGUGAAGAUCCAGACCUGAUGAAACGUGACCUAGGAGACUUCUGUACCUUCACAGUGGAGCAUUCACCACCUAAGAGACUGAAACCUGAAGUAAUAGAGAAAUAUGUAUGUUCACAAUCAAAGAGUGAACUCAGAACAAAACGAGAAUGUAACCAUCUGGUGAUAGCAGAACUUCAGAAGUUGGCCAAUGCUUUCCAUAGCACUGGUGACCAGUGGUGGGCUUAUGGCUAUUAGAAAGCCAUAAGUGCCAUCAAAGCUUAUGGAUUAGAAAUAAAAAGCUAUGAGGAAGCAAUAGCAAUACCUGGUGUGGGCCCAAAAAUAGCAGCCAAGGUGUCCGAGUUGUUAGCAUCAGGACAACUUCGUAAGGUUGAUGAGAUAUGUGGCAGUGAGAGAAGUCAAGUGAUGGAGUCCUUCACCAAAGUAUGGGGUGCUGGCCCAGCCACUGCACAGAGCUGGUUCGAACAGGGCUUCCGAACACUUGAGGACUUGAAAGCCAAAGCUAACUUAACAAAGCAGCAGAAAAUUGGGCUAAAACAUUUUGAUGACAUUCAAGUUAGAAUGCCAAGAGAAGAAGUGGAGAAGAUUGCGGCCAUGAUUGAAAAAUAUGCAUUAUCUAUUGAGCCAAGGCUGAAAGUUGAGUUAUGUGGCUCAUAUCGCAGGGGCAAUACAAGUUGUGGUGAUGUUGAUAUCUUAAUAACCAGGCCAGAUAAUAUUUUUACAGAUAUCCUGUCAUGCCUGACUGCACAACUGAAAGAAUCAGGUUUCAUCACAGAUGACCUUAUAAACCUUGAGGUAAACAGGAAUCAGAAGAAAUAUUUUGGAGUCUGUCGUCUACCCGGGGAAAACCAGAAACACCGCAGGCUGGAUAUUUUUCUUGUACCUCAGUCAGAAUAUGCAACAGCUCUGAUGCAUUACACUGGUUCAGCUCUGUUCAAUCGUUCGUCUCCUGGCCACUCACAAGGGAAUGAGCUUAUCAGAACAUUGUCUACUGGCAGGAGUUGUAAGAAAGGGGAGGGACAUACUGAAUGAUGGGUACAUCGUGCCAACUCCAACUGAAGAGUCCAUAUUCAGACUUCUAGAAAUUAAAUACCGUCCUCCAGAAGAGCGGGAUCACUAGUUAUGUACAGCAAUCUUUUGUCAGCCAUGAAUUUCAAGUAUCCUAGUGCUCCAUUUAUAUCCAACUUUGGCAGUCAUGGUGUUUGGUGUUAUGUAUCAGCUGGUUUUUAAUUUGUGUUCACAUUGAAAAAAUCAAUGGCUUCCAUGUUAAGAGACCCACAUUUGCUGGGGAUGGGAUUGUAAAUGCAUCUGCGCCCGAUUUUCAAACUUCCAGAUUACUUUUGUGACACAGUUUUUUAUUUUAUGUUUAUUUUCAAAUAUGUUACUACAUAAUUUUUGUGUCUAAAGAAGCAGGAGGUAACUUUGAUGACUGUUAACAGAGACCAAGGGUCUCCAAACCCUCAAGUUUCCCAUAUGAUUGCUUGGUAUAUGUACACAAACAGUUUAGUCCAGCUCUUCAUGUGGUUCCUGGUUCAACCACUUCUAUUUCAUGUCCUUCCACUACAUGAAAUGAUUCAGUCUCACAAGGACCAUCAUCACCAUCAUCAGCCACAUAGAGAGCUGCACUGAAGAAUAUGUUUUUAAUGUGUGUGUGUGUGUGUGUGUGUGUGUGUGUGCAUGCGUGCAUAUGGGGGGGGGUGCUUUAAAAUUUCAAUUUAUGUCAAAAAUGUUAUCAUUAUUUGUGUAUUUGUAGAUCUCCUACGGGUAAUUUUUCUCAUUUUUAAAUCAGCUGGAAUUACUAUUAAAUAAAGCGUAUAAAGCAUCAAA